UGUUGAUGGAAUAUUGCAGACUCGUAGUCUGUUUGCGAGACUGUGUUCUUACUGGCUGUCCUUUUCUUUUUGGUUAUGUAGCUUAUAGCUUAUAUAGCUUGUGGCUUGAGAUGUUAAACAGGUUGUUGAUACAGUCUUUGGCUCUCUAUAUCUGGCCUCAUUCCAUCCAUCCAUCAUGCAACACAAGCCAUGUACGUGUAUCUGUAACUGUCCAUUAUGCAUCCCACCGUGCCACAGCGGCUCGUCCAGCGUCACUUGUUGUUUUGGAAAUCUUUAUAUAUAGACAAAUAUGGUGUAGCCCGUAACACAUUCUUGUUAUCAAGUCUGUGUGCACAAAGCAUCUGCCGCCAAAGAUGGAGAGAGGUAAACGACAGGAAUCAACAGAACAAGAACAAGACAAGGCAAGGGCCAACGCACGAGCACCAGCGUGCCACAAAGCGUUCUGUACUUGUACACACACCACGAUGGGAGACACCAUGAGACUAAGAUUCCGCGUCCUUGUGUCCGAUGAAGUCCAGCAGGCUCCCCGCCUGUCCGAUCUUUCCGCGCCACCCUCUCCAGCCUCGUGCGACGGUGAGGCUUGGAAGAACACGCCCCUCCUUUCACCUUGGACGUAGAACAAGAAUUGCACAAAAGGAGAGAGUCGAGAUACCUGCUCGCUCUCAAAAUAUAAGGCCGAGGGCGAGAGACGAGCAAGCUUGUCCCUGUUUCAUGCACGCAUGCAUGCUUGCAGCUGCGUUGCCCCAAAAGCCAAAAGCCGUUGUUGUUUCCUCACAUUCUCGGCUUCUUCCAGCCCACUUACACUAAGCCCAUCCUCCAAGUAUACUAGACUAAAAUCCUCGGGACCAAUUUCCGGCUCGCCUUGCAUAUCUUGCAUGCAUCUUUUUUAGCUCUCACUUCUCACUCACAAAAAGAAAAAAUCACCAGUAAAGAGAAAAAACCCUUGCAUGGUCUGUGCCGGUCCUCUUUUUUUUUCCCGGCCGCGUGGCUGAAUUCAUGGGUCUUUUUUCUUUCCUUGUUUUUGAUGAGAUGUGACGAGUUGGCUCUCUUAGCUGAUGUGACUUGUUCGUUUUUUUUGGAGAACAGGCCUUUUUUUUCCAACGCGGUUAUGAAACUGUACAGUAUGUGCUAAGAAGGGAAAAAAAGCAAACGCCAUGGCAUGAUAUUUUAGCAGCGCCAAGCAAUUGAAGUUCGAAGCGAGAGCAAAAAAAAAGUUGCUUUUUUUUUUCUUACGCUUCUAAAUGGGACCACUCCUCCUUUGUACUUCGACAGUUGUCUCACUAAAAAAGAACAUGUCCAUGUCAUGAUAUACCGGUUCCAUGUUUGGCAACGUACCUACACCGGUGCACAAUCCAGAUCCGGCUAGCAGUGCGCCAGCGGCUGCUCUGUGCUCAUGAAUAUGUGAAAAAAUGAAAAGAAAAGAAAAGAAAACCACGCGUUUAUAUCUGUUGGCUCUCUUUUUAGUUUUUCUGUUCGCAUCGGACAUUCCGGGGCACGGCACGGCCCCGGGCUACGAUGAUGCUGCGGAGCAAAGAAAAGAGCGCUAAAAAACAAAAAAAAACGUUUACUGUAUCAAUAAUAGCUUCUGUUGUUGGAUGUUUUUUUUUGAGUGUUGGGUUCUGAAAUUGGAGCCUUCAUCGAGAUGGGACGAUGUUGGUGUAAGUCGAGGAAAAACCCAACAGCCCCCGGUCUUUGCUGCAGGGAUGUCACGGCCUUGUCCCAAUCAGAAAAACGAGGCCAAGAACCGAGAAUGAGAACAACAAAGCAGAGACAAAAAAAAAAAAAAAAAAAAAAAGAGACAGAUACAUGAGAAUGGUUCGGUUACACACAUUGCAACAUGAAUGUAUGCAUGUACCAGCAUCUUUCUCUCUUUUCUUAUCAUUAUGCGUCUCGUAAUGGUGGUUGGUUCCCCCUCCCUCCCCCCCUUUUUUUUUCUAUCACACAUCACAUAAAAUUUUCCUUUCUUUUUUUUUUUUUUUUUGUUUCCUCGCCGUUUUUGUUUUCUCACCACUACAGCACUACUAGCAAAUCUCCCAUUUUCUCUCAUUUCCUCAUCCGUAGGGCCAUGCAUAUCCGGCGCUGCAGCUACCCGACAGCCGAUCCGUCACUUCUCACCUUUUCAGCCGUCCAUUCCACAAAAGCAAGGGGGGAGGGGGGCUUGUUGAUUCGCCCAACAGCUCCCCCCCGCCCAACCCGGUUGUGUUUUUUUUUAUUCUCUCUCUUUUUUUUUUUUGCUUUGGUUCACGCUAAAAGUGCACGAGCGGUUGUAUGCUGUAUAGUAAGAAUAUAAUAUCGCCUGCAUGGUUUAAAGGAUUUUUGUGACAG